AUGUCAAUUAAAAUUAAAUCUAAAUUAAGAUCUGAUCUAUCAACUAGUAAUUUUUACAAGGAAUUUAUACUCAAGAAUAGACAUCGUAUAGUUUCAUUUCAUUUACCAGUGAUCGAAUGUACAACAGAAUUUUUUCCACCAUUUACUUUUGAUUCAGCAUUUAUUCGACUUGAAUCUAUUAUUAUUAAUCUAACGGAACCAAAAAUACUUACUUUGAUUCUGAAAAAUUUAACCUGUCUACCUCGUUUGUUUUCAUUAACAAUCGACAUAUUGAAAAUUUUGGAGCAUUUAAAUGAUAUUUAUCGAUUAAUAUUCGCUUUAUCGACAUUAAAAUAUAACAAAGUUAUUGUUCAUUUCAAAGAAAGUUCGAUCACACUUCCUAUAGCUACUGAUGAAGAAUUUGGUUGUAUUGAAUCUCUUAUUAUUGAUCAUUCUUGUUCUUUAAAUGAACUCAUCUCUUUGAUAUCUUAUACACCACGUCUUCGUCAUUUAACUGUUUGUAAAACAGAUAAUAAUGAUACAAAUGCCCAAAUUUUCUCAUUAAGAAAUUUAAUUAAUUUGGAAUCGAUUUAUUUGGAUAUGUUUCAAAUAACAUUUCAUACGUUAGCAAUAUUUUUAUGUAAGUUAUCUUCAAAUUUAAAAAUUUUAUCAAUUGCUAGUUCAAAUGAUAUAAAUUUUCUUAAUGCUCAUCUGUGGGAAAAUUUAAUUUCAAUUAAUUUCCCUCAAUUAGAAAAGUUUUAUUUAACAUAUUCUGAUCGUUUUCUUAAUGAUAAUCAAUAUGAAGUAUAUCAUGUACAAGUAAAUGAAUUUUCUUCAUUGUUUUGGAUUAAACGCAAGUGGAUAUUUGAUGUCGAAAUUAGAUUUAUUAAUAUUGAAUAUAUCGUUCAUCCGUACAAUAAACGAUGGUAUGAUGAUACAGAUGAGAUUAAUGUUAAUUAUUCUAUCGAACCUUGUAAACUAACUGGUUUAACAUUUGGACAUAUGGCUGAUUUUACGUUCGAGGGAUAUAUGUUCAAAAAAAUUCAACGUAUUUUAACAAUAACACAAAUUUUUUAUUUAAAUAUUCUUGAAAACCAUAUUUUAACUAGUGUAUUAAUUAAAUUACUAGACGAAUUACCAGAUUUAAUUGUAUUAGCAAUGCAUUCAUUGUCAUUUGAUAAAACAAAAGAUUCUUCUGUUAGAACUUAUGAUGAUAUAUACUCAAUGAGAGACAAGAGUAAAAUAAAGAAGGUUUAUAUUCAAGAAAUCAAUAAUAAGAAAGAUUUUGAUUUCCUUUGCACAUUCUGUCCUCAUAUGAAAUAUUUCAAAGUCAAACAUAUAAAUAGCAUGAGCAUUCAAUUAUUUUUACAAGUUAUUCUGAAGAAAAUAUCUGAUGAUGAAAAUAUUGAUGUUCGUGCAUUAUGUUUCCAUAUGCCGCUAGCAGAUGAUCAAAUUAUUCAAAACUUAAAAACAUUUAUUACACGGGAACAAUUACUCGCUCAAUUCACCAUUUCACGUACAUUCGACCAUAUAUAUUUACGAUGGGACUGA